GCCUAGACUUUAGGAGCCUUGGUCAUUUCGGUUCGCUUUGUCUUAAAUAACACUGACACUAACUAGUACCCAUGAGGCAACAUUGGUGAGAUUUUCUUGAAGAUUUGGCUGCUUCUAGAUAUCCGGUAAACUACAACGAAAGUGAAAUGGGUGUUUCCCUUUGAGAAAAAUGAAACCUCUUUGUGAAGUCAGUAUCACUUGUCUAAUCAGUGCAGAAACUAAAUAUCUAUAUCAGUCACUAAUCUUGUAAUAAUAAGAAUGGCAUUUUGAAGAGCUCUUUUUUUCUUCAGUGUAUUUUGGUAGUCAAUUAAGCUUGAAUGCAGUGCAGUAGGCUGCCUUCUUGACAAGCUGCUUUCUUCAAACUACAUUUCUGACCUUCUGUAGCAUUGAUAACAGCUGAUUCCAUGGAGAUGAAUAAAGGCUCUUGUACUUCAGAAAACAAGGAAGUGCCAUAUUUUAGGGGCCACUCUCAAAUAUGCUAAUUUAUGUAAAAUUUACAUUUUAAGGUAAAGUUUAACUGUAAUAUUGCUUGAUGGGUGUUAUUUGUUGUCACCACUGGAUUCACUCUUCAUAAAAUAGGAGGUUAGGGUAUCCCAUAUUUUGGCAUCUUGUCUUCUACUUGUCAUACUCAAGAAUGUCUGCAGGUUUCAGUAGUUCGAUCAUUUCUCUCAUGUUUUUGGAACAGAUAUGCAAAACUAACUUGAACUGUCUUUGCAAUGCGACAGAUAGGUUUGAAACUCUAGUACACCACUCUCUCUAUUUCUCCCCCUGUGACUGUGCAUUCAUCUGCGUGUCUGCUUGUGCAUGUGUCAUCUAAAAAACUUGAAACAUAGAAACCUUCUGAACCAAUACAUAUGAGGGUAUCAACUAAUUAUGUGUUUUGGCAUUCAGGUAAGGACUUGUAUUCACGCAACCUCAAAUUGCUCGUACCUUUCUUUGACUAUCCGUCAAUUGAGUUACGAAUGAUAGAGAAGGGUAUUGAUUCUAAGACACAAUUUAUAUUGGCAUCAUGGAAACUAAGGACCUACCUCAAACUUCCCUGGAGGCCUCUCAUUUCCAUUGAUGGAAGAACAGUCUAUGAUUUAAAUAAUGAAUUCAAAAUUGUUAGGCAUUCUGAGAGUUGGAACAUUUCUGCGCUUGAAGCAAUUGGCCAGAUAUUUACACCCAGUUCUCAUAGGCCUGGAGGAUGA